GCCAUCAAACGCAUGAAGAAAAAAGGGAGUUAGGAGCCGAGGGCUCGUUUCCUUUUUUCCCCACCUCCCCCAGAACUCGAACGGCAUUCCAAAAAGACGCGGUUGCAGGCCACGGUUUCUGGUUCCUUCUCCUUCUUCCUUGCCGCCAAAACGCCAAGUAUGAAUGCACUAAGAAGCAUCGAGGGAAGCAGCGGGAUCAUGGAGUCUACUCUUAAGAAAUAUUUCGGUUUCUCCCAUUUUCGACCAUACCAGAAAGAGAUAAUCGAGGAAAUUCUGAAGGGAAGGGAUGCCUUGGUUGUCAUGGCUACUGGAAGUGGGAAGUCCGUAUGUUACCAAAUUCCUCCACUGAUUACUGGAAAGACUGCUGUAGUCAUAAGCCCACUCAUCAGUUUGAUGCAAGAUCAGGUGAUGAGUCUGACUCAACGGGGUGUCAAAGCUCAAUAUCUUGGAAGCACCCAAAAAGAUUGUACUGUCUAUUCAGAUGCUCAGAGUGGCCAGUUUGAUGUUCUAUACAUGACUCCAGAAAAGGCUGCUUCUCUGUCUAAUGGAUUUUGGUUGAACAUGCUUAAGAAAGGAAUUUCUCUAUUGGCUGUUGAUGAGGCACACUGCAUAUCAGAAUGGGGUCAUGAUUUCAGAAAAGAGUAUAAGCAGAUGCACUUACUGCGGGCCUUUCUUCCACAUAUUCCGUUCAUGGCCUUAACAGCCACAGCUACAGAGAAGGUGCAAGAGGAUAUUAAAUGCUCUCUGGAAUUGGAGGAUCCCUUUAUUGCUAUUGGUUCUUAUGAUCGAAAAAACCUUUUCUAUAGUGUUGGUUCAUUUAGUCAUGUUGCUUCUUUUCGAGAUGAUCUGAUUAAAGAAGUUGCAAAAUAUGUUGGUGAUGCUGCUUCUACAAUCAUAUAUUGUACUACAGUUAAAGAUGCUGAAGAGAUUUUUGAGGCACUUGGAAGAGCUGGAAUAAAAGCUGGUCUCUAUCAUGGCCAAAUGUCAAGCAAAUCUCGAGAGAAGUCUCACAGAUCUUUUGUUAGAGAUGAUCUAAUUGUCAUGGUUGCAACUAUUGCCUUUGGAAUGGGAAUUGAUAAGCCAGACAUACGGUGUGUAAUACACUAUGGCUGUCCAAAGAGUAUUGAAUCUUACUAUCAGGAAAGUGGUAGAUGUGGUCGAGACGGGUUACCUUCUAAAUGCUCGCUUUAUUACACAAGAGCAGAUUUUGCAAUGGCAGACUUCUACUGUUCAGAAUCUAACAGUGCUAUCAGAAGACAAGCCAUUAUGGACUCGUUUUUUGCGGCACACAAGUAUUGUAUGCUUACAAGCUGUCGUAGAGUUUUCCUAUUACAGUAUCUUGGGGAGAAAGCCGGUUUUACCAAUUGUGGUAAUUGCGAUAACUGUAUGAAUUCCACAGGAAGGGCAAGGGAUAUUUCCAGGGAGGCCUAUUUGUUGCUAAACUGUGUGGAGCUAUGUGGCAGCAGAUGGGGAAUCAACAUGCCCAUAGAUAUUCUUCGUGGAUCUCGUUCGAGAAAAAUAAUAGAUAAUCAUUUUGAAGAGCUCCCAACACAUGGGCUUGGUAGGGAUCGUUCAGUAAAUUGGUGGAAGGGGCUUGGUGAUCUUCUUAUUGCUCAUGGUUAUUUGAGUGAAAGACUAACUGAUGUUUACAGAAUAGUGAGGGUUAGUAAGCAGGGAAUGGACUAUCUUCAUGCAACAAGCAUUGGCUGUCAGCCACCUCUAGUUCUGGCAUUGACCAGUGAAAUGUUUGCGGAAGAAGGGAAUAGAAGUGGAGAAAAUAGUGUUGAAGGCGAUCCCAAAAGCUUGUCUGCAUUAAAAUGUGAAGGAUUAACGGAGGAAGAGUUGAAACUUUGCCAAAUGCUUUUGGAUCUCCGCACUGUGCUAGCAAGAAACAAUGGAACAGCUCCUUAUGCUAUAUGUAGUGAUCAAACAAUUCAAAGGCUUGCAAAGGUCAGACCCUCUACAAAGGCCAGAUUGGCAAACAUAGAAGGCAUCAAUCAGAAUUUCAUAAUGAUGUAUGGAGAUCACAUUGUUCAAAACAUCAACCAAAUGUCACAAGAGUUGAACCUCCUUUUGGAUGGAGCUGCACCAAUGCAUACAGUUAUGGAUGAGAAAGCUUAUACAAAUCCUCAAAGAAGAUUAACACAUUCUAAGUUGGACACGUGGAAAAUGUGGCACGAGGAUGGCCUUUCUUUUAAGGAGAUCGCUAACUUGCCUGACAGACCAGCUCCUAUAAAACAAGAGACUGUUGUGGAGUACAUACUGGAGGCUGCAAGAGAGGGACAUGCAAUCAACUGGGUCAGAUUUUGUGAAGAAAUUGGACUCACCAAAGAGAUUGCUGAAGACAUUCAAGGGGCGAUUAGCAAAGUUGGAAGAGACAGAUUGAAGCCCAUAAAAAAUGAGUUAGCCGACAGUGUGAGCUAUUCACAAAUCAAGACAUGCUUGUUGCUUCUUGACCUUGGGUUGUCAAUGAGUGAAAUUUUCUUUUCGUGGUCUUCAGAUGAAGUUUUGAUUUCAGCUGAUAAACCAGAAGAAUCUACCAAAGAUGGGCCAUCGCUGACAGGAGAUGAACAAAGUUCCAGCACCAACAAUUACGAUGCUCAUAGGGACACAGGUCUUCAGGAGUCCACCGAUCAUGUAGGUGACGUAAAGCUUGUGCUAUGUAGGAAGCAAGCCCGAGAUACCGACUCUCAGGAAGGUGAAAUUCCUGUAAAGAUACGGCAUAGAAGCCGGAGAUCCCAGGGAAGUAUCCAUGCACCUGAGGCAACUGACGACACAAUACUGAAGUGGCUAGGAAGCCACGAAGAGGCGUCUUUUCCUGAUAUUGUUGAUCAUUUUAAGGGAUCCACUGAGGAGGCUGUGAUCGAUAUUUUGGACCGUCUGGAGAGUGAGUUUCUGAUUUUCAAGAAGAAUAAUCUGUAUAAGGUUAUGUAGUUCCAGGUUAAUGUGAGGCUGCCACGCAACAACUAUGAUAAACUUGCAAAUCCUCUCCGGAAGCACCGAUCUAUGUAGAAAGGACGAACGUUUCCUGGCCUCCCAGUUUAACGUCUCUUAUUCGGCACCUAGUAUGUGAGCUCCUGUUUUCUUAGUUCGAGCUCUAUCAGCAGCGGUUGCUGCUGGAAUCUCACUGCUUUGCUUUGAUCAGAAUGUAAAUAAUCAAUAUGAGAGUAUUUACUGUCCAUGAAGGUAUGAAAUUAUUGAAAUGGAAAUGUAGCGUCUAAAUAUUGAAAAGAUAUAAAAAAAUGGUCCAUUCA